AAGCACCGAGGCUAGGUCGUUCGCAUGCGCCAUUCGUAAUGUUUACUUCCGCCCGGCCUAGUGAGGCCGUGAAGUAUGUGCACGUGUGAUGUGGUGCUCCGUGUUCUUCGCAGAGGCUACACUGUUAACUGGUGAUUGGGGUGGACAUUAGAGGAGGAUGAGGGGACUGGCGAUGAGGCUGCCCCCGCGGCUGGCGCUGUCAGUGUUGGCGGGCCGCGGCCCGUCUUGCAUUCUGGGGUCCGGAGCGGCGACGCGGAAGGACUGGCAAGAGAGGAACCGGCGUAGCUUCUCUGACCUCUACACUCAACCGUUGCCUGAUUGUGAUUUCGAGGAGUCGUCCUCGUGGACACACAAGAGUCGAUCAGAGCCUACGCGUCACAUAGCAUGUAAGAAAUCGGCCAGGAACCUGGUACGAGACCUGCUGGAGCACCAAAACCCAUCCCAUCAACUUAUACUAGAGUGCAAUCCAGGUCCAGGAAUCCUGACUGGGGCAUUACUUAAAGCUGGUGCCAGAGUGGUUGCCUUUGAAAGUGAAAAGAUGUUUAUUCCACAUUUGGAGUCCUUAAGGAAGAAUGCGGAUGGAGAGUUACAAGUGGUUCACUGUGACUUCUUUAAAAUAGAUCCUAGGUAUCAGGAGCUAGUACGACCGGAUGUGAAUUCACACACAAUUUUUCAGAACCUGGGAAUAAAAGCAGUUCCUUGGUCAGCAGGUGUUCCUAUAAAAGUAUUUGGAAUUCUACCAAAUAAACAUGAAAGACGAUUGCUUUGGAAAAUCCUGUUUGAUCUGUACUCCUGCGAAUCUAUAUACAGAUAUGGACGAGUAGAACUGAAUAUGUUCAUUAGUGAAAAAGAAUUCCGGAAACUAAUAGCAACUCCUAAAAGGCCAGAUUUAUAUCAAGUAUUGGGUGUGCUUUGGCAAGUGGCUUGUGAAAUUAAGUUUCUGCACAUGGUGAGUGAAGUUUUAAUGCCAGAAGAACUAUGUUACUCAGGUUGGAGCCUUGGUCGUCAUUUAGUGUGCAUGCCGAAAAUGGGCACUUGGAAAAGUCAAAGCACUCGGAAUCAUUAAAUUUACUGAAACAAAACCUAUAUCUUGUUCGAAUGACUCCUCGUAGGACAUUAUUUACAGAAAACCUAAGUCCUUUGAACUAUGAUAUGUUUUUCCACUUGGUAAAGCACUGCUUUGGGAAACGCAAUGCCCCAAUAAUACACCAUUUACGGUAAGUGGAAAUUCAAUAAAAAUGAGUAUAAAAGUAGUGAUUUACUGAGCUUGUCUCCUGUGUUAGAAGGUGGUUUUUUCACAUCUUGAUUUAGAGUAAGGUGUGCCCAUGUUUCAUUUACCUGUUAAAAAUACUUCCUCCUGGCUGGAGAGAUGGUUGAGAAGCAGUUCACAAGCACCUGUAAUUCUAGUUCCAGGGACUCUACCACCCCUCGCUUGCCUCUGUGGGCACCACACAUGGCACACACACACCGACCCAUAAGAUAAAAGUCAAAAAAAACAAUAAAUAAAAAUACCUUUCUCCCUGCUGUGCAUCAUGUUUUCCACACACUCCCAGUUUCAUUUAUUUUCAUCUUUAAGCAGCAAAACCUAAGGUACUCAAAGGUGGUUUUAGCUUCAGAUGAUAUUUUCUUUUUAUGUGUGUGCACAUGUGUGCUGUGCCCAUAGAGGCCAGAGCAGCAUGCUGUCUCCCUUGGAGCUGGAGUUACAGAUGUUUAAGAGCUGCUUGAUAGAGGAGCUGAGAACUGAGCUCAGGCCCCCAAGGAAAGCAUCAAGUACUCUUAGCUGCAGAGCCAUCUCUCCUGCCUAUGCAAUGGAGUCUCCAUUUACCUUGUAACUAGCAGUCCCUAAAGUAUUGUCAGAAGAUGGAAAAGUGUUAGUUAUUUUAAUUAAUCAUCAUAUACCAUAUAACCUUAAUAGGACUGUUUACUCUUUACUAGAAACAUGUGAGAUUGGGUUUCAUGGAGCCAAAGCUAGCCUUAACUUUCUGUACAGCCAGAGAUGACUUUGAACUUGUGAACCUCCUACCUUUACUUCCCAAGUACUGGGAUUAUGGGUGUGCAGAUGUGCACCAGUACACCAGUACACUCAAUAUUUACAAAUAAAGGGUAAGCCUACAAUCUCAACACCUAGGAGCCUGGUCACCUGAGUUCCAAAUAAGCGAGGACAUAGACUGAAUCUAUCUUUAAGAAACCUUGCCCAUGUUGGUGGCGCACUUCUUUAAUCCCAGCUUUUGGGAGGCAGAGACAGAUGUCUGAGUUUGAGGCCAACCUGGUCUAUAGUGAGGGUUGUGGGCCUACAUAGAAACCCUGUCUCAAAAAACCCAAACCAAAACAAAACAAAGAAACCCCUCAAAACCCAGAAACUUCAUAUAUACACAAAAGUUUAAAAUGUCAAUAAAUCACUGAAAGAAACCUGAUUUUCAUCUCACUGUCUUGGGGUGGUGGCCAUUUAAAUGCAGAUGUCAAAAAGAAAGAGAAAACCACCAGGUGCAUGUGGUGGGACACACCUUUAAUCACAGUGCUCGGGAUGCAGAGGCAAGUGGAUCUCUGUAAAUUUGAGACUAGCCUGGUCUACAUUGUAAGUUCCAGGCCAGCCAAAGCUAUGUGAUGAGACCAUAUCUCAAAAUGAAAACAAAAAUAAAAAUGAUAAUAUGUAAACUAGAAUUUUGUGAGAAUUGAUUAUACCAUGUUAAAACUUCACUUGAAAACUUCACUUGGUGAUUUUCGUUGCAGUUGAGCUCUGAAUUUCUAAGAAUAACUGGGUCAGUUCCUGAGUACUGAGAUUAUGUCCUUAAUACAUUCUAUGUGCAUAUUAGUUAUCCAAACUGAGUGUGGCAUUCAUCCCUAUAACCCCAGGACUCGGGAGGUAAAAGUAGGAGGACCAGUUCACAGUCAUCUCUGUACGGAGCUGAAAAUGCAGAUAUUACAUAUAGACUGUCAACUACAUUUAUUUAUGUGUUAGCCAUUUUGAUUGACCUGGGAGGCAGCUCUCUCAGCUGUAGUGACCAUUGUGAGAGGGAGUUAAGUGCGUUUGUUUGGUUUUCCUCUGCAGUUCCCUGAGUACGGUUGACCCCAUUAAUAUACUAAGGCAGAUAAGGAAAAGACCUGGAGACACGGCUGCUAAAAUGUAUCCUCACGACUUCAAAAGACUUUUUGAAACUAUAGAACGUUCAGAAGACUCUGUCUUUAAAUGGAUCUAUGACUACUGCUCGGACGACAGUGAGCUCUAGGGAAAACGUCUACAAGCCAUGAAUGAGCUGUUUGUCUAUUAAUUUUGAAAUUAUGUGAUGAAUGAAAACUGAAUUUCAAGAUGUUCAUAUCCUUUUAGCAGAAGAGAAACUAUCCUUGUUUGGCACAGAUGAAGCGAAUAAUUUCCUCUUAAGUUGAUACCUUUGAUACACAGGAAAAACCAUGGCUGCAGGUUUAUUCAAAGUUAAAUAAAACAAAAACUUGUCAGUUCAGUAAGAUCAAAUGUGCUUUGUUUUAAAUUACUUCUGCUGUAGAUCAGUGGUAGAACAUGAGCCUAGGUGUCCAAGGUUCUGGUUUUGCUUUCCAGUACAGGAAAUUUUAAGAAAUUUCUCUUCACUGCAAAGGCCCAUAGGUGUGGAACAUUUCCUAUGGGAAUUUAUUUACUUUAGAAAUGGAAACCUUUGGGCCAAACAUCUUUCAAUAUGCACUUUUCACCACUGCCAAUGGCUUGACUCUCCCUCCAGUUUCAAUACUGUUACACUUAGAAUGUGCAUUGAUUUGGGCAGACGUGGUGGUGCAAGUCCCAGGACUCGUGAGGUAGAGGGCCCACCAGUUCAAUGCCAGUUCAACUGUGGAAUUGAGUGUGAGGCCAGUUUGGGCUAAGAAAAGACCUGGUCAAAACAAGACAAAACAAUAAAAACUUAUUUCAGAAAGUGAUUAGAUUAUCUUUUAUGUUGAAGUGGAUUAUCAGGUACUAUGCAAUCCAAUUGUUUAAAUUCUAGUAUGUUUUAAAAUUUUUUGAGAAAUAAAGAAUUUGCACAUUU